UCCAGUCCAACGUGGUUCCUCUCUGGAGCGCCGCUUGUCUCUCUCUACUCGUAGGGGUGUUUAUGACAUGAAUGACAAACAGGACAGGACUUAUGAGUGCGGCGCCCCGGGCUGCUCUCAGCGCUUCCAGUUAGAGGAGCACCUAAUCAUCCACAGACACAAGCAUGAAAUGACCCUCAAGUUCACCUCUAUCAAGACGGAUACGGCUUUUACAGACCAGACCCCAACGCCAACCCGAUUUUUGCAGAACUGUGAAGAGGUUGGUCUGUUCAAGGAGAUAGAGGAAGAGUUUCUUCAAGCACAAGAAGAGGAAAAGAGCAAACAGACGCUUUCUCAUAAUGGGCCAUCCUGCAUGAACCAGCAGCAGCUCAAACCCCAGCUCCGGCUCCAGCACCCACCCCAGCCUCAGCACUCACAUCCCCAGCCGCCGCUGCACCAUGCCCAGACCCAUCACCUGCAGCAUCCCCAGCCCCACGGCCCCCUGAUGGGCCCUAGCUGCAGCCUGGCUGCCCAGCAAGCUCUGUCCUCCUCCCAGUCUGGAUCGGUCAUCACCCAGGCUCCUUCCACCCUCACACACACACAGGGUGAGCCGGUUCCGGGGCCGCUGUCCUCCCUCCUCCACAUGCGGAACAGACACAGACAACCGCUGCCAGCUUCCUUACCUGGCACCCUGCCAGACCCCGCCAUGCAAGGGGCAUCUGCUCAGCACAUGCCCAUAGAGAAGCAGUUGUCGUGUGUAAUGGGUAUACCAGGUCCGGUACACAACCCCUCCUGUUCCUCGCCUCAGAGAUCCAAACAGACGCUGGGCCAUCAUUUUCAGCAGCAUCACCCAGGAAUGGUCGCCGUCAACAACCCUGUGACAUCCAUGGAUCAUAUGAUGGAGAUGAUGUCACAGCAUCAUCAGGCACCUCCACUACAGCACCACCAUCAUCCUCCUCCUCCUCCUCCUCCUCCUCAUCAUCAUCAUCAUCAUCAUCAUCAUCAUCCCCAGCUUCCAGUUCCACCAAUCACCUACCAACAGCGAUGCCACCCUCCACCUCCGCAGCGGCUGGGAAGCUCCCACAGCCACCAGCUUCACCAGUCAGGGAAUGCACCGCAUGCUCAGGCACACCAAUCGCCUUCCCAUUUGCCGCAGGCCUCGCCUCCUGCACCUCCCCUGUCUAUUCCAUCACAGUCACCAGUUGCACAGCAGAUGCAGCCAUCCCAGUCAUCCCACUCCCAGCAUGCAGUGCAGUCAGGCAGCAGCAGCAGCAGCAGCAGUGGAGGAGGAGGAGGCAGCAGCAACCGGCGCAGGAGGACGGCAGACCAUGACCCUGACGAGCGCAGGCAGAAGUUUCUGGAAAGAAACCGGGCUGCAGCCACCCGCUGCCGACAGAAGAGGAAACUGUGGGUGUCAUCGCUGGAGAAGAAGGCGGAGGAGUUGACGCAUACAAACCUGCAGCUGCAGAACGAGGUGACGUCACUGAGGUCGGAGGUGGGUCAACUGAAGCAGAUUCUGCUCACCCACAAGGACUGUCCUGUCACCGCCCGGCAGAGAGAGGCACAGGGGUACCCCACUGCAGUGGUGAGCCCAGGAGGAAGUCCCACCCCUGCAUGUCCUGGGUCUCAUCCACAGGCCAUCCAACACAACAGUAUCUCCACCUCCUCGACAGCUGGAAGCGACACAGGGCACGACCCCCAGCCUGGACGCUAGCGCUCACCGUACAGAGGAGGGGGUGGGGGACUGGAUGGCUCAAUCCAACCAGACUGAGUUAUCUUUCUGUCAUAGAUACACAAAAUGCUCACUCAGCUAUGGAGUUUUGUCUCUUUUCAUUGUAGAUGAAAUACUAAACUGAAGAGGUGCAUUUAUUUAGGUCCAUGUAAACACAGGGAUAUUUUUCAGCAUUAUUAUCAUCUCUUCUGGUUUGAGAGGAGACCAGAACCACAUACUUAUACAUUUCCAUAACAGGUGCAAAAAUUUACUUUUCUGAAGGCCUUGUUAAAAACUGUGGUUUCAUGGCAACUGGUUCCUGUGUUUAUUCAGAAACAUAUCUGGUUCACAGCAAUCAAACCACUGCCUGCCAAUCACUGACUAUGCACAUACACUAUCAUAACAAAUCUUUCCAGUAUAUUUUGCUCUUAUAUCUUGCACUAAUUUAAAAAAAACAAAGCCUAUCUAUUAGUUUUAUAUUUCUAACUGUGAAUCUGCGAGGGCACACCAUAUGCCUUCUCUUUGAUGCAGAGGCAGCUUGUCAAAACUAUUUUUCUACAAAUUAUUCCUGCUAAGAGAACACAUGUUUAUUUUAAAAUUUCAAGUCCUGUCCUUCUUGCAAAGCCAUUUAAAACAUGAUUGUACAGUGUUUCCUUUCAAGCACUUUUUAAGCACCUCAUGUCUCUAUCCCUAUCAGUUAAUAAACACUUAUUCUGAUA